AUGAGUUUGCUUCCCCAGUACAAUCUCCAGCUUUCGCCGACGCGACAUCUCAUGAGGGAGGAGCCGGGAGAUGCAGCUGGUGAAGUGAGUGAAACGGGGGGUGCAACUGGGGGAGCUGAUGAAGACACCCCCGCUGAUGCUGAGGGCAAGCAAGCCGCCGGCGAACAAGGAGAAGGCUCAAAGGGAACACCCGAAGAACCGUCUGGAGCAGCCGGUGGACCAUCCGGAGAAGGGGACGGAGAGGCGCCUCCCGAUGAACAGCCACAAGAGGAACCGGCAGACGGAUGGGGAGACGACCCCCCGGAGGAUUUGGGGCCUCCCAGAGACCCAUCGUCGCCUGAGGAAGCGCUCACUAUGCAUCUGGUCCAACAACUUUUGUCCCCCCGUUUCGCGGAUAUGGGGGCAGUGUCAUUCGAUGAGCUGCGAGAGCUUAAGGAACUACUCGAAGGAAACCCCACCGACGAGGUCAAUGUCGGCGGAACACCAGUACUGAGACACCAGCUGCAGCGGAUGGCUCCAGGAGAGCCACUCGAACUUUCCUUCUUGGAUACUUACUGCACCCGUCUCCAGACACACGUUUCAGCUCGGGCGAGCAAGGGACUGCAACGACCCGUAGCAAUUCUUUCGCCAAAGACAAUCGUAAAGGCAUGGAAUGAGUUCGUGGAGCACAGGAAGAGGCCUAUGCUGUUUUCGGCACAAGUUAGGCAGUGCAAGGCCGCAGAGAGGGUGCUGUUGCUGCUUCCGACCACGCCGGCAGGGGGAGAGACGUCUGACUUCCCUCCCGGACACAUUAUUCUGGGUGUGAUAGACAUGAAGUAUAGAAUCAUCAGAAUUGUGGACAGCAGGCAUCAUGCUCCAGAGGUUUACCAAAAAAGCAUCGAGUUCAUGCAGCUGUUAACGAAACGGUUUGCUGAUGACUACUCUGUCUCACCGCAUCUACCAGAGCCGGGAUUUCCUUUCGAAGUGGAAGAUCCGCAAAAAGCAGCUCGCUUGCCGGCUGAGAUGAAAGAGGCUUCUGGCGGCAUACAGUUAGAAAACCUUGCUUGCCUUGCAGAAGAUCGGGCCCCCAUCCACAGGCAAAGGGACGUCACACAGAUCAGAUGGCGAGUGCUUGCGGAGUCCGUAAGAGGUCUGCAGGCGAGGCUACUGGAAGACGGAGAGGUACGACCAGUGGAAGAGGAAGAAGUACAGUAA